UACAUCAGUCACUUCUCAUCAGUGCAUGGUAGUUGCAUGGCAGCAAGCACCAACACAACAGGGAGGAUAUUCGCAGUAAAGUUGCUUAAAACGUCGACACACCUGUGUCUAUUGCUCACAGCUGCGCCACAGCGAGGCGGGAGGUGGAGUAUCUAUUGACGGAGCUCAAGGACAUUUUAACGUUGGAGUUCGAUAGAGGAGUGCUACUAGACCUCAGGUCAAAAUGGAGUUGAGCGAUUUAAAAUCCAAGGCUAUCCGCAUGUACGAUGAGUUCAUCCAACACGCAGACUCCAGGACAGAUGACUGGAUGCUCAUGUCAUCGCCCCUUCCCCAGACCAUCAUCAUCGCGGUGUACAUCUACUUUGUCACGUCGCUAGGGCCACGGCUGAUGGAGAACCGCAAAGCGUUCGACCUCAAAGGUGUGCUCGUGGUCUACAACUUCAGCGUGGUCGCCCUCUCCCUCUACAUGUGCUACGAGUAUGUGAAUUCUGGUUGGGGAACAGGAUACACCUUCCGCUGUGACCCCGUGGACUACUCUGACUCACCCCAGGCCCUCAGGAUGGCAGCGACGUGCUGGCUCUACUACUUCUCCAAGUUCAUCGAGAUGCUGGACACGGUCUUCUUUGUGCUGAGGAAGAAGAACAGCCAGGUGACCUUCCUCCAUGUCUUCCAUCACUCCAUCAUGCCCUUCAACUGGUGGUUCGGGGUGCGCUUUGCUGCAGGUGGUCAGGGCACGUUUCACGCCAUGCUCAACUGUAUCGUCCACGUCAUCAUGUACACCUACUACGGCCUGUCUGCCCUGGGCCCUGCCUACCAGAAGUUUCUGUGGUGGAAGAAGUACCUCACCACCAUCCAACUGAUCCAGUUCGUAAUCGUCACCACCCACAUCUUCCAGUAUUUCUUCAUGAAGGACUGCCCUUACCAGUUCCCCAUCUUCGUGUACAUCAUCGGCCUGUACGGCCUUGUCUUCCUCUUCCUCUUCCUCAACUUCUGGUACCACGCCUACACCAAGGGCAAGAGGCUGCCCAAGGUCCUGCAGAACCAGCGCUGGGCCCACCACUCCAACGGAGUCAUCAACGGCAACACCAACAGCAUGCAGCACGACAAAGACGACUGAAGCGGUCUCUGGUCUGUCACGGGAGGGGGGGGGCGGGAGCGGGAGGCCGCGGUCUGUUCCAUUUGAAUCACUAUGCACAGAAAGUUACUACCCUUCCACUGUACUCCAGUGGAUCUGAUCCUUGGACCACUACCCUUUCUCUAUUGCUAAGGCAAUCUGUGUGUUACAACCCAAAGCUGUAUUGUUUCUAUUUCUUUUUUGUUGUUGUAGUUUGUUUAGUUUUUUAGUUUUUCAUCGACCAUGUUGUCUCUUCUCUGUCAACGACACAGAUUUACUGAAGAACCCCCCCCUAGAUUAACUAAAGAACUACUUCAGUCAAUCUAGGUAGCCUUCUGGACGGUCUAAAAUCAACCACUUGCAGAGAGAGAUGUUACGUGUCCACUGGAGGCAUCUUCCAUUGUACAUGAGGCGUCCUCAUUAGCCAUUCAAGCCAUAGUUCUGUUAGCUCUGCACUGAGAAGGAUGGGAGCUACCUGGUGCUUUUGGACCUGCCCGAUAAGAGUAGAUUCUUCUUUCUCCUACUGUAUCUUUUUUUUUUUCUUCUUCUAAUGAGACAUGGUUUUAGCUUGUUUCAUUGAAUGUCAUUCUUUUUAUACUGAUCUUUUUUUUAUAUAUAUAUGUCUGUACAUUCAAUUGUAAAUGUAUUUCUGAAACGGUCUUUAAUUUGGAGGAUGCAUAAGAGGGAGACUCAUUCGUCUUUUUAAAUAACACCCUUCCGCCAUCCCCCUCUUUUGUUGAAAUACUCACUUCUUUCUGAAUGGAGUCACAGCUACUGUCCGAAGCCUAAGUGUUUGAGAUGCUAUCUAGCCUUCUUUAAUGUUCUAGUCUCUCUCAGUAUAAGGAUAGUAUGACUUUGAAACAUAAUGAGAUUUGAGACCAGUAACAGUGCUUCUUGCAGGAACCGGAGCAGAGCUCAUGUUGUAGCUGUUAGCUUUAGCUCACAAGCAUUGCCUUAACACAAGUCCAAAAAAUACUUGACAAAUCACUUUACCUGCUGCGGAUUGGCUGGUUGGCCGGCAAACUGAAAGACUGAAGCGUUUGGCACUAACCCUGCAUUCACUGAUUCGUAUGAAGUCUCCUAACUAGCAUGUGAGGCUUUGCUUGUGGUAGUUUUUAAAGUAAGCUCUAUUGCUCUCCUCCAGUUGUGAUCGAGAACGUGGCAUUGGAUGGUCCAACCGUUGUGCCUUGAGCCCUGGUUGAGGUAUGGUCUACCUGGGGAAGCCUCUACAGUGCCUUACCCUCCGCCCCAUUUUCUGUCUGUAGUUAUGAGUGUCCUUUUAGACAUGAUGCCACAAGGGCACUGAUUGAAAAAUGAGUAAUAUGUAUACCUAGUAUUUUACUGUAUGUAUUUAUGAGAAUAAAAAGCUGUUUAAAUACUGAA